AUGAAAGGGCCACUGGAGAAGAAUUACAAGUUCGAGAAAAAGAACGAAAACCUCAUCGCACUCCCAAAACACGCCAAAGUCGAAAAGCGCCCCAUACCCCAUGCGCCAAUUGCCUCGCCAUACGCCGGCGCCUCAGUGCCGAAGAUUGUCUACGUAUCGACGAAAACGCCGUUCAUGAGCGCAGUCAAGCGCACCCAGAAACUCCUUCUCCAAGCCGAGAAGCGCGCUACUGCGAACAUCAACCUGGAGGACUCGCGCAAGACGGAGAAACAGAUACUCGACGAGCUGGCUAAGGUUUCGGAGAAGCGGGAGGAGGUGCUUGUCAAGGCGACGGGGAGGGCUAUUGAGAAGACGCUGAAUAUUGCUAAAUGGUUUGAGGAGAAGGAGGCUGAGUAUUCGGUUCGUGUGGAGACGGGAAGUGUGCUUGUUGUUGAUGAUAUUGUUGAGGAUGAGGAGAAGAAACAGAAAGAGGAGCAGAAACGACAGCGGCAGCAAGAGCAGGAGCUUAAUGCGAGUGGAGAGACUGGAGGGGGAAAUCAGGACUCCAAGCCGGAGUCCAAGUCUGUUGCGAAGAAGAGAAAACGUCAGACUGCUGCUGCUGCUGCUGCAGAUGAUGGUGAGCUGCCUGAGAGCCGGACGAGGUGGAUCAAGAUGGUUGAGGUUGCUGUCCGCCUCAAGUGA